GUUAAAGACUUCUCAACUAUGAAAAAAUUCGGAUAAAAUUUUUAAAUCAACCAUUUUCUCUGCAGGGGAUAUAUCUGUGUUCACAAUGAAGUCUGUGAAAAACCCCAGUAAACUGAACCUGAGCUGCCUGGCAACGGGAUUCUACCCCAAAGAUGUGAAGAUGAGUCUGAGGAAGUUCAACACUGAAAUUCCUGAUCAUCUGAUCACAUCUUCUGCAGUCAGACCCAAUGAUGAUGGAACCUACCAGCUGAGGAAGAGUGUGGAGAUCAGUGGUGAUGAUCCAGCAGAUUACGACUGUUACGUGUCUCACAGCUCCCUCACAGAACCAGUGAUGAAGAAAUGGGAGGACCCCGGAGGCGUGAAUGUGACCCCGAAUAUGACCUUCGUCUGGUCUAUUGGUCUGGUCUUCCUGGUGCUCCUCCUCUUCCUGGUUGUGUGUGUUCUGAAAAAGAAAGGGACAAUCUGUGAGUAG